GCAGCAGCCAACACACUCACACGAAACACACACGCACACAGACGCGCACUCAACUUCCACAGUUUCUUUAUUUUCUGCAGGAAAAUUGGAAGCGAAACGACACGAAAUUCGCAGUGAACGCGCGGCGGAUUCGAGACCGUAACGUAACCGGAAUCUCGGUGGUGAUCCGGUGGCCAAGAGCCCACCAUGCGAUGCUAGCAACUGGCCAGGAGCAAUCAGCCACAGCCGUCCAAUAGCCAAUAACACAUCGUUCGAUUUUCGAGGCGAGUCGGAGUUUCGGAACGGAACCAACCACCAAUCGCUAGUCAUCGUACGUGGCGUUAUUCGCGAUCUCGUAGCAGGUGCUCCAUCCGUCCGGAGAAGAAGGACGAACCGGUAACGGAACCGCGAUGACGGACGCCGCUGGCAACGCGCUGGCCGAGAAGGGCCUUCCGGAGAUGAAGGGCUGGUUACUGAAGUGGACCAACUACAUCAAGGGCUACCAGCGCCGGUGGUUCGUGCUGUCCAAGGGAGUGCUGAGCUACUACCGCAACCAGUCGGAGAUUAACCACACGUGCCGGGGCACCAUCUCGCUGCACGGAGCCCUUAUCCACACGGUCGAUUCGUGUACGUUUGUUAUCUCGAACGGCGGCACCCAGACGUUCCACAUCAAGGCCGGUACCGAGGUAGAACGCCAGUCGUGGGUCACCGCCCUAGAGCUGGCCAAAGCCAAGGCGAUCCGAGCCAUCGAGAGCGAGGAAGAGGAGGAGACGGAAACUGCUCACGUGGUGCCCAGCCAGGAGAUCAGCACUGUGGUGCGCGAUCUCACCGAGCGUCUGGAGAACAUGCGCACCUGCUACGACCUGAUCACUAAGCACGGCGCCGCCCUGCAACGCGCCCUCAACGAUUUGGAAACGAACGAGGAGGAGUCGCUGGCCAGCCGUACGAAGAUCGUCAACGAGCGGGCCACCCUCUUCCGUAUUACCUCGAACGCGAUGAUCAAUGCUGGCAAAGAUUACCUGCAUUCGGCAGAGGCCCAGGGCCACAAGUGGUCCAAAAUGCUGCAUCACGAGCGCGAGCAGCGCCAACGGCUAGAGGAGAUGGUUGAACAGAUGGCCAAGCAGCAAUCGCAGAUGGAGCAGGCUGCCGUCCUUGUACGCCAGAACAAACCGGUGCCGGCUAGUUCGGGAAGUGGUACGGCCGGCUCCCUCGUAACUUCGGACGAUGACAUGGAGUUCUUCGAUGCCGAGGAGCAUGGCUACACGGGAGCUGGUCGCUCGGCGGAGUCGCCGGAUCGGGAGCGUGGCACCUUCAUCCUGAAGAUGCACAAACGGCGCAGCAGCAGCGAGGACCAGGUGGAGGGCCAGUUGGAAGGCAGCUCCUCGGAGAGCGAUGAGCAGAAGCGCACCGUGCAGACGGUGCAGCAGGUGUGCUUGGUCAGUGCUCCUCGAGUGGCCUCCGGCGGGCAGGGAGAUGACGACGACGUGGACAAGGCGGUGCCGGCCAAGCAGAGCACCGACUCGAUCUACGGACGGAAUUGGAACCCGGACCUGAUGAAGAAGCGGCGCAACCGAGUACCGGACAAACCGAACCACUCCAUCAGCUUGUGGGGCAUCAUGAAGAACUGCAUCGGCAAGGAUCUGUCCAAAAUACCCAUGCCUAUCAACUUCAAUGAGCCGCUGUCGAUGCUGCAGCGCCUGGUGGAAGACUACGAGUACUCGGAGAUUCUCGACUACGCGGCCACCUGCGAGGACGAGUGUGAGCAGCUGGCCUACCUGGCUGCUUUCACCGUGUCCGCCUAUGCGACGACCACUAAUCGCACCGGCAAGCCCUUCAAUCCGCUGCUGGGCGAGACCUUCGAGUGCGACCGCAUGGACGACUACGGCUGGCGGUGCCUUGCUGAGCAGGUGUCCCACCACCCGCCGGUGGCGGCGCUGCACUGCGAGAGCAAGAACUGGGUGUGCUGGCAAGAGUUCUCCAUGACCAGCAAGUUCCGCGGCAAGUACGUUCAGAUCAAUCCACUGGGCGGAGUAUAUGUGCAAUUUCGAGACAGCGGCAGGCGGUACUCCUGGAGGAAGGUGACCACCACGGUGAACAACAUCAUCGUAGGCCGUCUGUGGGUGGACCAACAUGGCGAAAUGGAGAUCCGGGGAUCGCAGGCGGCGGAGGGCAACAAGUGCGUGCUGAACUUUAUCCCCUACUCGUACUUCAGUCGCGAUGUGCAGCGCAGUGUGAAGGGCGUGGUGAUGAACAAGGACAACGAAGUGAAGUGGGUGGUGCGCGGCACCUGGGACUUGAAGAUAGAGAUAGCGCCAGUGCUGUCGACAUCGGGAUCGGCUAGCAGUCCAACCUACACCACGGGCGAGUUUAAGCUGGCCUGGCGUCGUCGGCCUGCUCCUCCGGACUCGGAUAAGUACUACAACUUCACUACGCUAGCCUGCCAGCUGAACGAAGAGGAGGAGGGCGUGGCACCGACGGACUCGCGCCGUCGUCCCGACCAACGGCUCAUGGAGCAGGGCGAUUGGGAUGAGUCGAACAAGGAAAAGCUGCGCCUCGAGGACAAGCAGCGUACGGAGCGCCGGCGGCGGGAGAACGAGGCGGAACAGGCGGCGGCGGAGGGCAGGCCUUAUCCGGCCUACGAACCGAUGUGGUUUAAGCGGGAGAAGGAGGAGGGCAGCGAGGAGUAUGUGCACGUGUUCAAGAACACCUAUUGGGAGGCAAAGGAGGCGCAGGACUUUGAGGGCUGUCCGGACAUCUACUAGACGACAAGGACGAAAGUAGCGAACGGAGCAGCCGUCGGAGCAACUGCAGCCACUACCACACAGAGCAGCCUUAGCGAAUAUUCUAAAGAUUUCUAAUAUGCAGCCCCUCCACACAACUGCACACCACCCACACAGCCCACACACCACAGCGGACACGCUCCGGCGAAUUGUGGAGCAGCACAUACGCAUAUAGUAGUACCACACUUCGAUCUAGUGCAUAUAUAUAUAUAAAUUAAUUCCUGUAAACUAACCGAGUUCGGUCCAUGCCCCGGCAUCAAAAUUUACUUUAUUUCUGGCCUGACUUUCGGUUCCCCCUUCUACUAGCUAUCCAAACGAGGGCUCGACAAGCGGAUCUCCUUUUCCAGGUUUUCGCUCAAAACCACUAGAUGUCUUUCCUUUCUUUUCCGCAGAAUACGUGUUUCGCCUUUGUUGUGUAUAUAUUAUAAAUCGAACCGAAUAAGAGAGCCGAGGUAGGAGCGAGAGAAUAUGUUAAAUGUUAUAAAUUUAUGCAAUUUAUUAUUAAAGUAUUAUUUAAAUAAAGCAA